AUGCCAGUAGCAUCCGUGUCAAACAAAGGUGCGAAACGCCAGCGAGACGGUGAUGGCGGGGGCAUCGUCGAGAGGGCCGCAAGUCAUUCACCCUACUCGGCAGCUAUAGAGAUUACGAACGGAACCACAAGAAAGGCCGUGGCCGACUAUCUAGAGUGCAGUGGCCUCGUUAGCUCGAUUUCCGACGUUGAUGUAUUGCUUAGUUCACCUGCCUUUCGUCAUGUGGCGCGGAGUUUCCUGGUUCCACCUGUCUCAGCAGUGUUUGAUGGUCCCAUGGAACUGGGUGUUAUUCGGCUUGUAGCCAAUAACGACACAACACUCCUCUUUACAUCAGAUAGUAUCGAUCCCGUAAACGUCCCUUCCGAAGUGGGGCAGAGCUUCUGUAUGGGAGACGUCGUGAUACUACAACGAGCACGUCCGUCGUGUAAACCCGGUGAUGAGGGACACGAGAGUAAGCACCUACUGGAGUUUUUAACCUUCGAUCCGUCUUCACUAGCGGAUGCCGGUGAUUGGUGUCACGCGGCCUCAUGGAAUGCAGUAACUACGGCGAAAUGGGUGCGAGAAAUCUUAUCACAUCCCCCUGGCUUGGCUCAGGUAACGUGCAUUGUUCAACCCCUUGUAGGGCUCGGAGCGGACUGCACCUCCUCGAGUCGCCGCGUUAAUUCGACGGGUUGGUCCCGCUCCCUGCAGCUGCCCCUUCUACUUCGACAACUCAAGAGGGUGACGGGUGUCUCCGCUCGGACAGUGCUUCAACUGAAGAAGGUGAUUUUUUCUGUGGUCCGCCUUUACGUUGCUAUAUUAAGCAACGCAGAGACUGUCGCUCCACUUCCACACAUACUAGGGGAAGCGAUACGUCAGUUCGUCGCCUCACCCCUUUUUGUUGACGGUCUCACGCUGGUGUUGAGUGAAAUGGCGGGCUCAGUGUCGCAGUCAUCGUGGGUUGCUGCCCAGCAGUCGGUGUUGGACGCCAUAUGGCUGGGUCUUCGCUAUACGUGCGGAGAGCGGGCACCUACCAACUGCGGAGGCAAAACGGAUUGUGAUUCACUGCAGCAAAAGUUGCAUACAGAGGCGGAGCGCGGUGUCCACGCUGUACUGCAUCGCCUCACAUCCAUAUGGAUAGAUAGCAGAGGUGUCGACGGUGGGAAGGCAGAUAGCAACCAGCCAGUUGCACAGCUUGUCGAAGAGUUGGCACGCGCCGGUCUGUUCCGUCACUUUGUACAUUGGGUGCGGCACAAAGAGCAGAUGGUUGAGUCUUCCAAUAUUGUUGGUAAUGCUCACUGCCCACCAACCAUGCAGGAGAUCAGAGAGCUUAGGGGGCUCCAGAGGGGCACCGUCAGGGAAAUGAUGGCGGCUAUGGCAAGUGCUUACACGCCCUAUCUUCGUCAGGAGGCGCCGCGUUUUGUUGAGAGUUCCAUACUGGCAGCGUAUGCGGAACUGUACGGCCCAGCUGCUCGCGCAGUAAACCAUUUCGUUAGCGAACCUCCGUUGAGCGAGGGUACUGGGGACAGAAUGGAACGGUGGUGGCCACAUAUCUCAGUGACAAGAGUCAAUCAAGCGGCGGUCCGCUCGUCUCUGACCAGUUAUUCCUUGGAUGAGAUUCAGCUACAUGCUUUGUUUGGCAUGCCGCUAACGGCCACGUUGCGUGCGGCAAAGGAAAAGAAAGAUUUCACUAGGCUGGGUGAACGGGGUUCUACCUUUGGUUAUCUAAUUGUAAGACUGAACGGAAAUGUUUUUGUUUUCCCCGUUAUCGUGUGCAAUGUGUCCGACUGCUCCAGCAAAAACUGCACUGAUGGAGAGGUGGGUUGGACCAUUUGCACAGUCGACGCCUAUGUUCUCCGUGACGGAGACAUGCUGCCCUCGCUUUUAGGAGCAAGCGCGGCGGCGUCGGUUUCUUCAGACACAGGUGAAAAAUUUCCGGAAGCUUGGUUUGUUUACGAAGACGCGCACGGUGACGGUGAAAAGUUGGGCGACGCACAGCGCCCGCAGCUCGGACAGGAGCCUCCACAGUUUUUCCCAAAAGGAACUUCGGCAAUUUCGUAUAUAUUGUACAUUCGGCACCUUCAGUCAUUGCGAAGACGCCUGCAGCAUGAGGGGCGGAAGGAUGUUUAUGCUCCAGGGCGUCUGAAGAGUCUUCAAGAAAAGGGUAGCGCUUCACAGGGACGUAUUCUUUGGUGGGGAAACAAUGCAAACGACAGCAUUAGUGGCAACGUAGCAGGCACUAACCUACCUGCUUCAUUUGGCAGCAGUGAAAGCGUAGAAGACAUGUUCGUAACCUCCACGUUACUUCCCUCCGACGGAGAGCACCUACGGCGUUGUCUUGACGACCUUACGGAGGCCACGGCGCUAACUCCUUCGCAGGUAGAGUGUAUCCACACCUUGACAGCGUCGGGCCGUGGCGUCCGUACACUCGUUGGUGCUGUUGGAAGCGGCAAGACUGUAAUAAUGCACGCGGCGAGCCUGGCUCGUGGAAGAGUACACGAGGAACUUCGGAAAGAGCAUGCGCCAUUGUGGCACUCGUUGAUCAAGCAAAGCGGGCAUGCGGUUUCGGGUUAUGUGGCCAAGCUUGCGAUGGUAGAAGAUAUGGAUGAUCUUUUUUAUGAGGCAGAUACUUCUUCUGGGCGUGACUUACUGGAGGAACUCACCAGCGAAGCGAUUUUAAACAUCAACGAGCACGUGCAGUUGAGUGAGAAAUUGAAAUGCUGCCACGCGCCGUUGCUAUUGCGACCGAGGGCAUUGAAACACGACCCUCCGAAGUAUACCGACCGAGUGCUCCACGAGGCCAACGUUAAGGAUAAGUUUCACUCAUUGAGUGAUGCCCUGCAGCAGAGCUACGACCGUUCCAUGAGGGCGCCCCUGACAGGUGUUCUGAACGUGUGGUUACGUUCCCUCAGGCGUUUGGGAAAUCUCAUUAGUGUCGUGCAAGAGUCAUUGGAUGCUGCAGGCGAAGGUGAAUGGAAAUUGUUUACCGAAUUCCUAUCUUGGAUCAUGACACAAAAAGAGAGAAACGACACUUUCACUGAGGCGAAGCUUCGGGGCGAGUCGUGGAUGACUUUCCUUGGUACGGAUCUGUGGGAAUCCGCAACAGUGGUGGAUGCUGCUGCUUUCCUUUCAGCAGACGGGGGUAGUGGGGCACGCGACGCGCCGGAGUGGCGAAGUAUGAAGCCCUUGAUGGGAGGAACGUUCAAACCGGUAACCCUUCCAAACGCCGCUCGUGGCCUCUGCGAUUAUGGCAAAUCUGAGGCCGCUGGGUGGCUGGCCGUAUACGGCGAAAAGCAGACCGAGUUCCUCAAUUUUUUGCAAAAAAGAAUCAUGAAUGAGGUGCAAUACAUCUUCUCCUUCUUUCUUGAUCUGGUCCAUAUGGUGGCGGCAACGUCACAGGUAUCGAAGGUGACUGUGCUAACUGCCACGAGGGUUUCGCUGCUGCGAGAAAUACUUUUCAUCCGGAUGUGGCAGCCUCGCUACCUUGUGAUUGAUGACUAUGAUCAAGUAGAGGAUGCACUCUACCUUGCGCUUUCACCGGCGUCUGUGGUUGUUCUUUCUCGGCAGAUGGACGCCCCGCUGCAAUCAGAGCAACAGAUUGCCCUGGCAGUCCUCAAGGCUACCCAGAAGGAGCUUCAAGGAACUUCAUUCUUCUCCACUGCCGUUUUGGGUGAAGCCCUCCGUUUUAGCGCACCUGAGCUCCACAAAGGUCUCCUGCUGUGCCGUAAUAGUCCUCUCGUUAACUAUGCAGCGUCACGAGGUGAAGCACCUGUUGUGGGCUCCAGUACGGCGGAGGCCAGCGGUGAUCACGGCUUCUCGGGGGAGGGUACCCACCAACCCGUCCAAAUCCCGGGAUUUUCCUCUUCCUCUUGUGUAGAACUGUGGACGCACGCUGUGCCUAUUAAUGUAGGCGUUACAUGUGACGGCCUGGGAGCUGCAUUUGCGCGCGCCCGCAUCAAGCAGGUUACUCCCUCGUACGAGGUCAUUGUUUACUGCAGUUCCUCUGUCGAUCGGGACGUCAUCAUAGAGGGAAUGUCGCUUUGUGCCGAGGGGGAUCAGGCGGAUCUCACCAAGGUUGUUUAUACGCUGCCGCUCCUUCCUGACGCAUUUGUGGAGCACGAUGAAGAGUGCGAUGUUGCGGUGCUCUGCCUUUCGGGUUUGGCGCGGUCGAUAGGCCACGUUAGUGGUUUGCAGCGGCAGAAACGGUGGGAACAGACGGUGGCGGAAAAAACAUUUGUUGGGUGUGUGGAACGAUGGCUGUGGAAAGCCGCAUCACGUGCGCGCCGUGGUGUGCUAUUGAUUGGGAGCAAGGAAUUGUUUCGCUUCCUUGACCCGUUGCAACGAAUAGAAGGAUUUGCUCAACAGCAACGCGAUCGCGGUGAGUAUUGGCUGCCUACCGAAGCCAAGUGGGCAGCGCUGGCGCUACGCUGCCCGGAACACGCGAGCAGUCGGCAGUUAGCCAUUCUAACAUACGCAGACUACUGUGGUUGCAAGGUCCGCGUAAUCGGUGUCCGGGAAUGUCGAUCAUUUUGCCUCGCCCCCUAUACCAAUUGCACAAGCACAGCGCAUGCAUGUCUUCACGCAUGCCACGUCCCCUCCGGUUUUUCACAAUCUUGUACUUGUGGUGUAAAAGGUGACUCGAACUUGCUUCACGACAGGUGCCCCUUCCCCUGCGCAAGGGAUCAGCGGUGUGGCCACGCGUGCUUGCGCAGCUGCUAUGAACCGUGCUCUCCGUGCGAAUUCGUCGGUCUAAAACGACUGCUGUGUGGUCAAAGCGUGGUUACGGGCGUAAAUGACAAUGGGCCAACGAUGACUGUUGUAUAUCACUUCCAACGGGUUCGAUGUGGGGAAGAGCCGAAACCUUGCGAGGAGAAAGUGACGGUUCGCUGCCCCCAAUGCAAGACCAGGCUAACGAUGCGCUGCAGUGACUUGGUUGCCCGUGGGGGGUUUGAAAACUUUUCUAUCGGCGAGCUUGAGUGCGAAGGUUGUGUUGCGCUGUAUAACCGCGUUGCAAAGGAGUUUGGCUUGCGGGAAAUUGAAGCGAUGCAAAAGCGCACUGCUGGCGAGGUCAAUGCUGAUCUGAGCCUUCCUGUGCAACAGCUACCCGCUGAGGCCCAGGAAAGGUUACAGAAGCUCUUUAUGAUCGCGGUGAAAAAGGGUCAAUUAAUGCUUCAGAAAGAGGCGUUAGAGACCAUGCAAGGAGGGGAGGCAUCAGAGUUCCACAGGCAGCAACAAAUAUUUAACGCACAACUAAGCCAACAGGAAGCGGAACUGCGAAGUCACCGUGACCGCGCCCAAGAAAACAUUCAACUUUGGGAAAAGAAAUUGAAGCAAAAGUAUGAAGCACAGCUUGCAACAAACGAGGAAAUUGAAACGGAGGUGCCAUCGAUGCUAAGCGAGGCCAUCGCUGAGGAAGAAAGGCAGCAGCAGUACAACUUCGUGUAG